AUCACGGGAAGUAUGUCGCGACCGAAAUAGCGUGGGUGUCGCGCCGGGUGCUUCGAGCGCGUGAUACAAGCACGUGAAGGCAUGUGAGGAAGAGAAAUAAAACUAUCGCGCUGGCAUGCACGUUAGUUCCCAAAAUUCCCUCUUUUUCCUCAUGCUGAGUGACGAACGAGUCUCUCCGUUGCGCCGUCGCGUCGUGCCGCGACCCGUGCCGGAAGAGUACGCGGCUCGACCGGAUUCCAGCGAACGUGCUAUCCGCUCUCCCUUAAACCGUAAACGUACCAAAUUUAUCUAUAUCAUCUAUUAAAAUUUGAAAUACUGCCGUGUUUCUCCUUCGCCAUGAAAGUUCUCGCCAAGGAGAAACGUCUCCGUCGUUGCUUUCCUCGCUGCCACUUCGCAGUGAAUGGAAACACUGUCUUACACCUGUCGGGGCCCCGAGGGUCCCUGGUCCAGACGAGGGGACCGCAAGUGGCACCCCGCCGAGGUAGUGGGGCAGCUAAGGAGGCAAGCCCGACGAUGCUUGUUGACACGACGUUGAAGUCACGUAACUUGCGCUGUCCACCACGCUCGUUAUCCUUGGAUGAUAUAUCACGCCGAUAUGUCGCACGUGAAGAAAUCGCGCGGGGGAAAAUGAGAAGCGGCGAAAGAGAGGAAAGACGAUCGGAAGAGAUCGGAGGGAUACCACGAUUGAGGAAACGUAAGCGGCCACUGGCUGCCGACUGGCUUCGCAGAUUCAAAACUGGCCUCUACGAAGGGUCGGGAAUGUUCGUGCGGCCAGAAACAAACCAGCUGGUGGCUGCCGGUGGACCAAUGGAAGGGGCAGAGCACGCAUAGAACGGGAAAGAAGAAAAGAAAAGAUAGCGAAGAAGUGGGAAUAUUGCCACGUGCUAAUUGUUCGACGUGUUAAUCGUGAUUUCAGGACAUUUCCUUCUUUCACUGAUUGUGAAGUUUCUUUCGUCGUGCCCUAAAUGGAUGUAUCUCGGGAAAAUCGCGAGUUUUUUUAUCUUUCUGUGUUCGUAAAAAUAUUUAUAGGAGAAUUAAAAAGUAAUGUCUCUUUAUAAUAUGACAUUAUGUUUUGUUAAUAUAAUUUAUUACUUAUUAUACAAUAAUAUAACCGUUAUUAUUUUCUAAUUUGUCUAAUUGAAUUGGUUGUAACUUCUUUGAUAUUUCUAUUAAAGAGACUGAAAAGCAA